AUGGCUGGAACAAAGGCGACGGUAGGUCUACUGGAGCUAGAGAGAGACAACAACGGUUGGGCGCUAGAGGAUGACGACUCCUCAAUGAACAUCACCAUUCACAGCAAAUACAUGGACAAAUGGGGCCUGAAAAUUUAUCGCAUCGAAGCAGACGUGAAUGUCAGUGCCCGUGUUUUGUGGGAAGAUAUGGUAAUGAAUGUGGAAGAUACAGCUAGCUGGAAUAAAGACAUGAAAAAAGUCAAGCAAUUGGAACAAGUAAAUUCCUGCACGGACAUUAUUCGCCAGACGAUGCACGAGAUAGCUGGUCUGAUGUCCUCCCGGUCACUAUUGUUGGUCAGGCAGUGGUCAAGCAGCAGUGGAAUGUUUAUCAUUGCUACGUCAUCAAUGACAGCACCUCGAUAUCCAAAUCCGGACAAUAUUGUGAUGUAA